GCGCCCUGCCGAUCCCCCGCGCCUCUCGCCCGCAGACCCCGAGGACGCGGCCAUGCCCGGCCCGGCCGAGGCGGGGGAGGCCGAGGAGGAGCCCGCGGCCGGCUCGGGGUCCGAGGCGGAGGAGGACGCUCUGUGGGAGCGGAUCGAAGGCGUCCGGCACCGGCUGACGCGCGCCCUGAACCCGGCCAAGCUCACGCCGUAUCUGCGCCAGUGCCGGGUCAUCGACGAGCAGGACGAGGAAGAGGUGCUGAGCACCUACCGCUUCCCGUGCCGCGUCAACCGCACCGGGCGACUCAUGGACAUCUUGCGCUGCCGGGGCAAGAGGGGCUAUGAGGCCUUCCUGGAAGCACUGGAGUUCUACUAUCCGGAGCACUUCAGGCUGCUAACGGGCCGGGAACCCGCCCAGCGCUGCUCCAUGAUCCUUGAUGAGGAAGGACCCGAGGGCCUGACCCAGUUCCUGAUGACGGAGGUGCGGAGGCUGCGGGAAGCUCGCAAGAGCCAGCUGCAGCGGGAGCAGCAGCUGCAGGCUCGGGGCCGGGCGCUGGAGGAGGAGCGGGCCGGCUUGGAACAGCGGCUGCGGGAGCAGCAGCAGACCCAGGAGCGCUGCCAGCGGCUGCGGGAGGACUGGGAGGCGGGCAGCCUGGAGCUGCUGCGGCUCAAGGACGAGAACUACAUGAUCGCCAUGCGCCUGGCCCAGCUCAGCGAGGAGAAGAACUCAGCCGUGCUGCGCAGCCGCGACCUGCAGCUGGCGGUGGAUCAGCUCAAGCUGAAGGUCAGCCGGCUGGAGGAAGAGUGUACGCUGCUGCGGAGGGCCAGGGGGCCGCUCCCUGGGGCCGAGGAGAAGGACCAGGACAAGGACCAGGACAAGGAGCAGGACGGCGUGGACCUGGUCUCGGAGCUGCGGGCCGAGAACCAGCGGCUGACGGCGUCCUUGCAGGAGCUGCAGGAGGGACUCCAGCAGGAGGCCAGCCAGCCGGGGGCCCCGGGCUCCGAGCGCAUCCUCCUGGACAUCCUGGAGCAUGACUGGCGGGAGGCGCAGGACAGCAGGCAGGAGUUGUGCCAGAAGCUACACGCCAUGCAGGGCGAGCUGCAGUGGGCGGAGCAGCUGCGCGACAAGUACCUGCAGGAGGUGGAGGACCUGCGGCUCAAGCACCGCACGCUGCAGAAAGACUGCGACCUGUACAAGCACCGCAUGGCCACCGUGCUGGCCCAGCUGGAGGAGAUCGAGAAGGAGCGGGACCAGGCCAUCCAGAGCCGAGACAGGGUCCAGCUGCAGUACUCACAGAGCCUCAUCGAGAAGGACCAGUACCGGAAGCAGGUGCGGGAGCUGGAGGCCGAGCGGGACGAGCUGCUGAGCACGCGCACCAGCCUGGAGGGCGCCAAGGCCCUGCUCGAGGCGCAGCUGCAGCGGACCCAGGGCGGCCCCUGCCUCAAGGCCUGUGCCUCCUCCCACUCCCUGUGCUCCAACCUCAGCAGCACCUGGAGCCUCAGCGAGUUCCCGUCCCCGCUGGUGGGCCCCGAAGCCGCCGGGGAAGUGGCCUUCAGCGGGGGAUCUGAGCCCCACACCUCGGAGGAGGCCACCGACAGCGAGAAGGAGAUCAAUCGGCUCUCCAUCCUGCCCUUCCCGCCCAGCGCCGGCUCCAUCCUCCGGCGGCAGCGCGAGGAGGACCCUGAACCCCCUAAGAGGUCUUUCAGCAGCAUGUCGGACAUCACAGGCCCAGCCCGACCUUCACUCUCCUUCCCAGGGAGUGUGACGCUCAAGCCCUGGUCCCCCGGCCUCUCUUCGUCCUCCUCCUCUGACAGCGUGUGGCCUUUGGGAAAGCCAGAAGCCCUCCUGGGCCGUGGCUGUGGCCUGGACCUCAACAGGUCUCUGGCCAUCCGAGUGUCUGGCUGGAGCCCCCCAGGAGGCCCGGAGGCCCAGGACAAGGGUUCAGAUGGUCUGUCGUUUCUUGGAGACCGAUGGUCUGGGGCGGUGGUACGGAGGGUGCUGUCGGGGCCCGGGUCGGCCAGGACAGAACCCAGAGAGCUGAAGGCCGAGGCCACUGGCCUGGAGGGGGCUGGCCUUGACCCCGAAACCCAGCAGAGAACCUUGCCGUGGAAUCCGGCAUCCACACUCCCCUUCCUGCUGGAUUCCACGGCCUGCCAGUCCUUCCACGAAGCCCUUGACACCUGGGUGAAGGGGCCUGGGGCCGAGCCUUUCUACAUUCGAGCCAACCUCGCCCUGCCCGAGCGCGCAGAUCCCCACGCCCUCUGUGUGAAAGCCCAGGAGAUCCUGCGGCUGGUGGACCCAGCGCACAAGCGGCGGCGGGAGUGGUUCUGCACCCGGGUGGACCCCGUCACUCUGCGGGACCUGGACCGGGGCACUGUGCCCAAUUAUCAGAGAGCCCAGCAGCUCCUAGAAGUUCAGGAAAAAUGUCUGUCCUCCAGCCGGCACCGAAGUCCCCGCAGUAAUCUGAAGAAGCGAGCACUUGGGCUGGUGAGACCCAAGCCCGUGGGGGGUCCUACAGGGGAUUCCCCAGAGCAGCUGCUGCUGGAGCCCUGCUCAGAGCCCGAGCGGAGCCUCAAACCCUACAGCCUGGUGCGGCCGCUGCUGGUGUCCGCCCUCCGGCCUGUGGUGCUGCUGCCCGAGUGCCUGGCGCCCCGGCUCAUCCGCAAUCUCCUAGACCUGCCCAGCUCCCGGCUGGACUUCCAAGUGUGCCCAGCAGAGAGCCUCUCUGGGGAGGAGCAGUGUGCACCCUCAGCGCCGGGGGCCCCUAAGUCCCGGCCUGCCACCCCCGGGCUGGGCACCAGGAUCCGAGCCAUCCAGGAGUCUGUUGGGAAGAAGCACUGCCUGUUGGAGCUGGGCGCGCGGGGCGUGCGGGAGCUGGUUCAGAGCGAGGUCUACCCCAUCGUGAUCCACGUGGAGGUGACCGAGAAGAAUGUCCGGGAAGUCAGGGGCCUGCUGGGCCGACCCGGCUGGCGGGACUCGGAGCUGCUGCGGCAGUGUCGUGGCUCGGAGCAGGUGCUCUGGGGGCUGCCCUGCUCCUGGGCGCAGGUGCCCGCGCACGCCUGGAGCCACGCCGAGGAGCUGGCCAAGGUGGUGCGUGGCCGCAUCCUGCAGGAGCAGGCGCGCCUCGUGUGGGUGGAGCUGGGCAGUGGCCGCUGUGGCGGUGGCAGCAGCAGCAGCGAGGCCUGAGGCCGUCACUGUCCGGGCCUCCUCCCACCUUGCGGAGGCUGCCAGCGGCUGGACCCCGCGCCUGCGGUGGACUUGGCCCUCUCCAUCCUGAGCCUUCCUCGAUCCUGGACUCUGAUGAGGGGCCUUGGCUUUGGGUUCUGACCUGAGUUUGUCACCACCUGUGCCGAGCCUGUGGGAGCCUGGGGGAUAGAGCUUCCACUGCCCUGAACCUGCUGCUGUGGGCCUUCCCGUCUGUCCCUGUGUCCCCACUCACGGGUCUCGUGUGUGUCUUGUGUCGUAAACACCUGCCUGGAGUCUGGGUCUUGCCCCUGUGCGUGGGUUUGCACAGCCAGGUUCUCACCGGGCAGAUUCUGUCCCUCCCCCAGGAACACGGGGUAUCUGGUCCUCAGCCUGCUCAGCUUGCAGGAUGGCCAAGCUGCCGCCACAUGACUCCAACCUGUCCAGCUCAGUCUUGACGUGGCCACACAUGGACAUGUGCCCCCUCCCCCCGUUCCACUCACUGUACCCCUUGUGUCUCCUUGCGUGUGUCUCUGGUUCUCUCCUGUGUAAAUGUCAUGUCCCACCCCUGUGACACUUGGGCACUAACGUGUGUUCUUGCACACCCAGGACCAUGUUCUCACAGCUGCCCCCUGCCCCCGCCCGCCUCUCUGAGGGCUGGGGGAGGGGCAGCUGCUCUGCCACAGAAUGUACAGCCCGUGCAUCGCCACUGGGCCCUUGUCACUGAGAAGCUGCACAUUAAGGAACAUUAAACACUGUCAUAGA